AUGACGGCGGCGCUCGCGCAGGUGCGGGCGCGCGCAAACUGCGCUCCAGCGCCGCCCUACUCGCCAUUCGCUUACCUCCGGCCGCACGCAGCCCCACCUCUCCCGCUUCCCCAGCUCCUACUACGCCUCCAUGGCCUGUUGCAGAAGAAGGAGCGCCGCCUCUCCAUUAGGGAGACCAGCGCUACCUGCCCUCGGCUCCCCGCGCGCUCCUCGCCCGGCUCAUGCGAGGCCCUGUUUAUUGGCUCCCAAUGCUUGAGAGAGAAGCCCUCACGCAAGGACAGCGGCGAUUGGCCCGCCGACGCGUCACUCGAAUCCGCAGGAGCCCGCCUCGCGCCCGGGUCUUGCUGUUCCGCGCAUGCCCGGUCUGUGGAGGCGGCCGCGCGGCUUUGGCAAAGUCUGGGCUUGGCUGGCUUGGGGCGGCGAGAGUCCAAAGGCUGCGUGAGGACGCCCGGGAGAUCUUAG